UACUUUUACGUAGAAGGACGAUACUUGAACUUUAAUAGAAAAGUCUUCGGCGAGUCUCGUGUCGUAGUGCCUCUAGAGAAAUUCCGCGGGGCUAAAGAGAUAUAUCUACUUAAGGCCUUCCCUCUCCGGUACUACCCUUAUCGUAAUUUAGUCGUGUAG